AUGAGCGGAAGCCAUUUGGCUUUAUUGCUUGAUAGGUUGCUAGCUGAGAAUCUACAUGGCCCGACAGGAAUUUAUAACAGCAAAGGACACAACAGGACUGAGAGUUCAGCAAGCGCAGAAACCCAAGAUUGGACACUCAUUGGAUCUGACACUGCGGGAGAUAUGGAUGCCAAGGAUCCACGAUGGGCUGACAUGUUUAUCGAAUUCUUUCUUAAGAACGCUGCAGACAUGAACGACGACCUCCUCUUCUUUGUCAAAGCAUAUCACAUCCCAGAUCCUCCUCACUCCAUAGUAGUAAACACAGCCGCAACAGCCAACUCAAACAAUAAUACCAACGGCAACACAACAUCAGACAAUGAUCCCAUUUUCGUACGUCGUAAAGUCAACUCCCAGAUGCCGACUCUAGAUGAUGUAGUGGAUUGGAAGCAAACCUUCUUUUUAAACACUAUUGUGCAGUUGCCGUGUACGCUGACAGUCGCGGUUUGUAAGCGGGGGCCGCCUAAACCACAGGUUUCUGUAAUACCGGGGGGUAGUGACGGUAGCAGUGCUACUGAUGUGACUAGGGCCGUAGCUGAAGCCGUGUCGUCGUCUGUGCCGUCGAUGCCGAGUAGUAAGAGCAAAUCGAGGAUGAUUGCGUUGAGACGGGUCAAGAAGAAGGUGUACGCUGCUCCUUAUCGGUCUAGGAUGGAUGUUAAAGAUGCGUUUAUGAAUGAAUGCUCGUAUCCUCUGGUGUAUUAUACUGUCAAUGAUUAUGAAUCUCAUGAUUUACACUUGCCGAUACAUGAACGCGAAUACUUGUGCGUCGAACUCUCUGUCGCUAUACCGAAACCGAAUCGAUCUAAUACCAGUAAAUCGUCUUCAACCAACGAACCAAACGAGGAAGAAGAUGAUGAUAUACCGUUUCCAACACCGCCAGGACAUGACAAGAUCGUGCUCUUUCAAGGAGCAGUGCCGUACGCAUCCUUACUAGAUAUAUAUCUACAGAAGGGACUCGCUGCUCAGAAUACAUUUAGAGGGGCAUGGAGUAAUACUGGCAAUAGCACGAGCAGUAAACCGCCAAGUCAAUAUAACACGUGGGCAUCAUCAUCUCAUGGCGGUGCCGAUUCAGCAGUAUCAGAUCGCACAGAGUAUAUCAUGAUGAGAGGACCACACGGCAAAGGACAAUGUCAGGUAGCGAUAACUGAAGAACCUGUCGCUGCAGAACCAUCCAGUGCUGCAACCGGUAGCUCUUCUAGUAGUGGUAGCAGCAGCAGUCUUACGGAAUCAGGUACUGCAAAUGGUGGUGAUGUGUAUAGCUGGAAUGAUAAAAAGAAUCCAACGUUUGCUGACCGGUUGCGAAGUAUUGGGAGUGUGGUCCGGCAGCAGGUUAUUGCAGCUGCUUCUGGAAGUGCUGCUGGUGGUGGGAGUGGUGCGUCUAGUGGGAUUAGGAAACCAGAUGGACUGAGGUGUUCCAUGACGUAUGUUAACGUGCCGUGGCAGAGCAUCAUCAAGUGA